AUGGAUACGUAUGUGUAUCCGCAAAACGAGGGCUCAGCCGGGGUACCGGCUCUGGCCCUUGACCGGGUCUCCCCGGUACCGGGCGGGGUAGCGGCCAAAGCGGUUCCUUGCCGGCUCGGGAGCGGGUCGUUUGCUUACGUGGGGCUGUCGCUGUGCUCCCUCCUUAGUGCCAAGAAGAGCAGAGGCCAGCAGGAGUCACGGUGGAGGUGGCUGAAGACGGCGUUCCUCCUCUCCUCUGCUGCCAUCGGUGGUCUCCUGAGCUGGAGCUACCUGAGCGCCGAGGAUGGGGUCACAGAGGUGCUGGCUCAUCACAGCGAGAGCCUUCAGGACAAGUUCAUGGAGAUCCCCUGCUCCGAGGACUACGAUAGCCACAAAAGAUUUGAAGGGUGCACUCCUAGAAAGUGUGGAAGAGGUGUGACCGAUGCGGUAAUCACAAGGGGAGAAGCUGAAAGAAUCCGUAGAAUAGCAGAGAGGGGACUGUCCUUGGGAGGAUCUGAUGGAGGGGCAUCGAUUUUGGACUUGCAUUCUGGAGCUCUUUCACUGGGGAAGCAUUUUGUUAAUCUGUACAGGUACUUUGGGGACAAAAUUCAAGACAUCUUCACAGAAGAGGAUUUUGCAUUAUAUCGUGAUGUGAGACAGAGAAUUCAACAGAGAAUUGCUCAGGCAUUUGGUAUCAACUCUGCUUCCAUGUACCUGACUAAGCCAACGUUCUUCUCGAGAAUAAACAACACAGAAGCCAAGACAACACAUGAUGAAUACUGGCACCCACACGUUGACAAGGUAACUUACGGCUCUUUUGACUAUACUUCACUGCUCUAUCUCUCUGACUACACUGAAGACUUUGGUGGUGGACGGUUUGUCUUUAUGGAUGCAGGUUCCAACAAGACGGUAGAGCCCCGAGCCGGCCGGGUUUCCUUUUUCACCUCUGGAUCAGAGAACCUUCAUCGGGUGGAAAAGGUUCACUGGGGCACUCGCUAUGCCAUCACCAUCUCCUUCACCUGCAACCCAGACCAUGGCAUUGGGGAUCCAGUCUUGAUGUAAUUCCUCCGGGGAUGGAACAUGAGGUCAAAUGGAAUGAGAGAAGCCCUGCAAGAGGAGAGGAAAGAGGGAGAUAACAUCUCUUGUAACCUCACAUUCAAUUAGAAUUUCCCAGCUGUAUUAAUAUAUUGUAAUAC